AUGCGGUCUAGGCUAAUGUUCGGUGUUCUACUCGGGAUAUUCCUGGCUUCAAAAUUGGAUUUCAAUGAUGCGGUCGUUUUCAAGUUUACAAACUUCGUCUGCGAGACUUACAACCAGUCCUGGUUCGUGUUCCACAACUGUCGCUUGAAGGCUGUCAGUCGAAGCAAAGUUAUCCUCAAUAUGAAUGGAACGAUAUUUCAUCCGGCCCACGAUAUAUCCAUUCAUGGCAGAAUUUUUAAAAGGGCAAAUGGCUACAAGCCCUGGCUCAUUGACAUUCACUUCGAUGCCUGUCUGUAUAUCCGAAAGCGCAAUCAACCCGUUGUCAAUCUAGUCUAUGGGUUGUUUAGAGAGUUUUCCAACAUUAAUCACUCGUGUCCGUAUGUGGGUCCACAAAUCCUCAAGGAUUUUUAUCUGAAACCUGAGCUUUUGCGCCUGCCCAUUCCGACAGGGGAUUACAUGCUGACGCUUCAGUGGUACUUCGAUAAGAAGCUACAAUUUGAUACGAAUGUCAGUUUCACGUUCGUGGAGGAUCUGAUAAACAGAAAUUAA